UUCUUCUGCAAGUUUUUUUUCUCUUCUUUCUUCUAAUUUUCUUUCCCCCCAAAAUCAUUUUCUCCAGAAAAUCCAUAGCGAGAGAAAAUGUUUCCUUCGUAUUUUCCUUCUCUUCCUCCACGGCCACCUCAACCUCCCAACGCCAUUAUCGUUGCUGCUACGGUUGCUAUUUUUCUUUUUGCCGAAAAUCUCCGAUGAUAUAGAUAUACAUUUUCAGUACAUUCUUCAUUUUAGGGUUUACGACCUUCUUCUUCUUGAUCUUUAGGGUUUAGAAGCUUCUUCUUGAUCUUUAGGGUUUAGAAGCUUCUUCUUGAUCUUGAUACUUCUACAGUAGUUCUUGCUCUUGUGAAGUGUAUUCCAAGUUUCUUUGCUUCAACACUACAUUACCGAUUCUUAGGAUUCUUGAAUCUUGUGACUGAAAAUGAGCAAGGAGAAUCGAUAUGCACCACUCUUAGCAGCGUCUAGUUCCGAUGUUUACAUCAAAGAUCCUAACAAAAGUUCAAGAAUAACAUACACAAGAAGCUUUCUUCUCUCUUUAGCAAAAGCUAAAGCUGAAAGUUACAGAACGCUGAAAAUGUCAAAGGAGAUUAAGUUUGCAAUGGCUUGCCUGUAUGAAGGUUCACUUGAUCUCCUACCCUCACCUUAUAGUGAACUAGAUUCUGUUAGUCCGAAAGUUUAUGCGUCAAAGGUUCUGGAUAAUGUCAAUCUACUGCAUAAGAGUAAUAAACCAUAUCUGCCUCCAUGUCGCAACAAGGCACUAUCUUCUUCAAGUGGAGACAGCAAUGGCUCACUAAAGACUGACAUAUCUGGAUCUUCUGAGUGUACAAAUCAGGAAGUGCAAGCAGAACUAGAUAGUUCAGACUGUUCAAGUAGAAACGUUUCUCCUGCAAAGCUUCCAAAGAGUGAGGAGCUUUGGGAGACUUAUUUGUAUGUUGAACCUCCAUUGAUCCAUGAUGUCCAAAUUCAACAGGAUUCAGAACUUAAGUCUUCCAAUACCAGCUUCGAAGACUGUUCAAGUUCUAUCUCUGGUUUUAGUUUCCCUGAUGAGGACAGUUUAAUUACAUAUGACGGACCUUUCUCGACCCUUGAAGUGGAAAUUCCGCCUAGUAUUGAUAGUUUCAUGUCUUCCCCUGAAAGCAAUCUGACUGAAGAUGAUUUGGAUAGUCCAGACUCAACUUUUGAAAUGAUCAAGAGUCUUAUAGAAUCUGUACUCGAUGGUGAUGAUGAUGAUUACGAUGACGAUUAUUAUAAUUUUGAUAAGGAUAAUUCCAGUAUGGAUGAUAUUAUGGCAGAGCUGGUCCAGCAUGGAGCUAGAGUUGCUAAACUAAACCUUUCUUACCCGCAGUUGAAUCUAGGAAGGGGUCUGUUCUCUGUGUCUUCCCACUCUUGCCUAUGCGGCAAAAUUUGUCACAGUGAUCAUGAGCUAAGAAGGUUUGGUCUUGGAGCUGGUGAAUCAAUGUUUCAACAGGGUAUAAUGCCAUCACUUGAGGUGCCUUCAUGGAAGGAGAAAACAAAUCUAAUGCAGAAUUGUUUUGAAUAUCAGCAUCCAGGCUAUGACUGUUCUGUAAAGGGAACUCCUGAUUCUCUUGGUGAUGGCAAUGGAGUAAUUGGCAGCUUCGAAGACAGGGAACUGGGAGCAAGUCAGUUCAUGGGAGGUUUCUACUAGUUGCAGACUUUCCACAGUGAUUAGCAAUUGUUAAUAUGGAGAUAGGAAUAUUAGGAUGAAGAAUAGAAUGUGAUAAUCCUUUGCUAUUUUUCAAAUUUUCUUGUGAAGCAGCCAUGAAUGCUCUGAAGCUGCUGUAAAUAGAUCUCUCCUAGCUAGUAUAUUAAGAAAGCAAAAAACAAAAAUAGUUAGCUCCUAGUUACUACUAUAUUUCUGUAUUUUUUUUGGAUAAUGUGUUUGCUUGUUCUAGACC